ACUUCUGGUUUUUUUUUUUUAAUUGGCUUGGGGUUAGAGUCUGAAGAGAGAGUAAGAAAUCUGAUGGGGAAGAGAAAAGAGCGUCGUUACGCCGCCAUGAAUAGCACCGGCCGUCGUGUCAAGCUUGAUCUCUUUGCGGAACCCUCUGGAGAUUUGGGUGGCUCAGAUGUGCGUGAUGGAGUUGAGCGGGAACAAACAGAGCUUAAUGAGCUACCCAAUUCACCUUCUUCUUCAGGUGGGUUCCAUCAGCUAUCUUCAAAAUCCGCUAUGUAGCCAAGCCCAUAGUUAUUUGUCACCAAAAUUUCUUCUCAGAGUAUUAGAGUGAUUGUGGUCUUAAGGACGUCGUAUGACAUCAGUUCAGGCCAAGACACAGUGAUAUUUUGAAUGAGUUGGUCUAUUUUGCAGCUUCAAGCUUUCUGGGGACUUUCUUCUGGAUGUAGCUCCUAGCGGUUCGUAUGUCUCUGGCUGUUUUGGCUUGCUACGCUUAACUGACGGCUUUGUCAUUUAUUUGUGACAGGUCGCUGAUAAAUCUUCCCCGACGUUAUUCUCUAUCCUUUUUUUUUUUACUUUACAAUGCAAUAUAAAGUAUCACAUUCCUAUACUUUUAGCAGGUCAUAUAACUGAAGUCUAUGUAUGUACUUGGUACGGCUCCCAAAUUUUGACGCUUUAUUUAUUUGCUUUUUUCAGGUCAGAAAACAGAAAAUCCUUUGCUUUUACUUGGGCAGUAUAGUGAUGAUGAGGUGGAAGAAGAUUCGGAUAAGAAGGCAGAUGAUACCUCUGCAGAUAGUUUCUUAGCCAAUAAAAAUGAGCAGGUUGAUGGAUUAAUUCAAGGAGGACACAAAGAUACGAAUAUCAAAUCAGGUGCAGUCACCACCACUAUGCAGAUGGCUGAUCAACAGCAGACAGGGGAGAAUUCUUCUGCUCUUGAUUCUAGAGCUGAAGUAGAAACUGGUUAUACCACAGUGAGUAACUCAACAACAUUGGAUGGACUAAACAAGCAGACAGUUCCCUCAGUUCAAGCAUCUGGCAGUGUGUCUUUGGAGCACCAGGCUCCCACAGAUGUUACGUCGCAGUGGAAGAUGAUUCUGCAUGAGGAGAGCAAUCAGUAUUAUUACUGGAAUACAGAAACUGGAGAAACUUCGUGGGAAUUGCCUACAGUUUUGACUCAAACUACCUUUGCAUAUGGGACUGGGUACAAUGAGUCUGGGCCCAUGGUUACAGAUGCUUCCACCUUGAUUUCAAGUGUUGAACCAAGCUAUUUCGUACCCGUGCAAAAUAGUUUCACAGGAACUGACUAUUCUACUUUUCCAACUGUUGAGCUGGAUGGGAGAAACAAAAGUGAAGAUCUAUAUGUCAAAAGUUUAGGAACUGAUGGUCAUCAAGUUGAAUGUCGGAUAGACUCUGUUGUUAGUUGUCAGGAGGACCUUUCAAGGCCAGGAAAUUCAGAUCAUGUGCAUACUUAUUUUGAUGCAGGAGCUGCUACUGACCUCCCAUCUCGCUUGUUGAGUCAAAUCGAAAGCUUACUGGAGAAGCUGAGGUCUCUGAAGAGGUCGCAUGGGAACUUUCACAGCAAUGAGCAGAUAACAAAGUACAUUCUGGAGGUUGAAGUCAGACAUUCUGAUGUAAAGGCGCUCAUAUUGGACACCUCACCUUUACUUUCUUUUUGGCUUCACACUGAGAAACAACUUAAGCGGCUGGAAGAUAGUGUUAACGAUGAGAUUUACCAGCUUGCAAAAUCUGCAGUAAUGGAUGAACCAGAAACUAACAAAAGCCCUCCCAAAGAAAAGUUGGUGGCAGAUGCUAAUACAGAGAGUGAGUCCGAGGACAGUGAGAGAGAUGGAGAGUUAGCUCAAUCUGGAAAAUCUCUUCAUUCAGAUGAAUCAGCUGAUGGGAGCGGCGAUGGAUCUCCUAAACACUCCCCAAAUCAUCCAGCUGGGCAGUCUGAUAUUAUUCCUUCAACUGAGAUGCUUCAGAAGGCCGGCUCCCCAGAUGUGGAAGAUGUUGACAUGGAUGUGGAUAUGGAAGUUGAAGAAUCAGUUCCAGUGUCUUCUGUUCAAGUGAUAGACGCUUCUGAUGGUAAGAUGUUCAGUCAAACAGAGCCAUCCAACCUUCAUACAGAUGUUCCACCACCUCCGGGUGAGGAAUGGAUUCCACCACCGCCGUCUGAGAGUGAAGAUGUUCCUCCACCGCCACCAGACAGUUAUAGCGAACCAAUUCCUCCACCACCUGACAAUGGCCAUGUCGCUUCAUCUUUGUCCAGUGACUCUCUCGGAGUUCCCUAUACCGUACCUCAAUCAUAUAUGCAUCAAUCUGCUGAUUAUGCGACACAAUACAACUUAUCCUAUCCAGAGUCCAAUUAUCAAUAUACCAAUGCUGUUACUCUAGCUCCUAAUACUCAGUUCUAUGGCCAUGUGGAUGGAUCUCAAGUUUCUCUUCCCCAAUCCACAUUUUAUUAUGAAACUGUUCCUGGUACAACUGAAGUUGUUCCUGCAGCAGCCAGUGCUGGUGAAGCUUAUUACGAUUUCAAUGGUGCAGCUCCACUGUUUCCUGUCAUUAGCUCGGGUGAGUCAUCUCUACAUCACAGUGGAGUUGGUUCUGCUAAUCACCACAUCCCAAACAACUCUUCUACAGCUGCAGUGCCUAGUUCGAGAUCCAAUGACUCUACUGAGGUUGGAUCUUCAGCAACUGCUUCUAAAUCCACAGAUGUUACAAGUGGAUCGUCUCUAUUAGCAAAAGGUCAAACUAAAGUGAAACGGACAAAAAAGAAAACAGUAGCUGCUACAUCUACAUUGAGGUCAAAUAAAAAGGUUUCCAGUUUGGUUGACAAGUGGAAAGCUGCGAAAGAGGAGCUAAACGAUAGCGAAGAAGAAGAAGAUGAUUCCGAAAUCCUAGAUAGAAAAAGAAAACGAGAAAUCGAAGAAUGGAAAUCUCGACAAAUCGCAAGUGGAGAGGCUAAAGACAACGCAAAUUUCCAACCCCUGGGUGGUGACUGGCGUGAGAAAGUGAAACGGAAGAGAGAACGAGCUGAGAAGUCUCAGAAGAAAGACCCCGAAAAGCAGCAAAAACCUGAUCUAACAAAACUCUCAGCAAAUCUCCCGUCGGAAUGGCAGGCAUAUUGGGACGAAUCUACCAAAAAAGUUUACUAUGGGAAUACGAGUACAUCUCAAACCAGUUGGACACGACCCACUACCUGAACCUCAAUUGCUUUCUCGUCUCACAUUUUUUACAAUUUCUUCUGUGAUACAUUUGUUUUAGAUUCUCUAAUCUUACCUUUAUGUAAAUUUAUUACAGAGCUAGUGUUGGUGACAUAUAGACAAAGCUAAAUCAAGAAAAUAUCAUUUUACCAUUUCCCAAUGCUAACGUAAUACUAUAAUUUGUUCCCUUAAUCCUAUUCCCUAACGUGACUUGUAUUGAGUGACAAGAUUUGGAAACUCAAUUUCUCCAUAUGUCCAAAC